AUGUUCUGCAGCCGCUCGAUCACGCUUUCUCCUGUUACUUUCUUCAGGGAUAACCAAAGCUGGCAGCAAGAAUGUGCCCGGGAAACGACUGCGUGGCGCUUAGGGCCCGUUCGAGCUACCCCCAACACGGAAGUGACCCUGUCGUCGGCGAUGCCGCCAAAAAAGGAUAGUCAAUCAAUCGCAGAUUUGCGGUCUGUUCAUCAGAUUACAGCACCAGGACCAAGCCGCGAUCGUAUUGCUGGUCCUUUGCUUGAGGAAGCUGGAUAUGGUGAGCACGGUGUGGCGUUCCUAAGUGGUAACUACCAGCCUCUGGUUGAAGAAACAACAGCUAUCUUGAGCAUUCCUUCCGACUUUCCUACCACUGGACCCGACGGAAGCGCUGUAGUCAGCGGCAACGCAAUGCAUGUAGUAGGUGAACUACCUCUUGAGUUUCCAAACGGUAAGUUUAUAUAUGUUGGCCCGAAUCCGAAGUUCUCUCGAGAUCAUUACAAAGUUUGGGGCAGAGGACCGAGACAAAGAGACAUCGGAUUUUCGAAUGGGUGGCACCAUUGGUUCGAAGGCGAUGGCAUGAUUUAUGCCUUGGACUUUGAGAGCAUGAAGCCCAGUGAAGCUCAAAUAAGUGACCGAGGAACACCUGGGGAAGUUCAAGACAAUUGUACUUCUAGCUUUACAAAAGAGACCGGAGCCUUUUAUGUCAAGCAUCGUCGAGGAAGGAAUCGCCGUCUCCGCUAUCGAAACCGCUAUGUCCGAACGAAUAGUUGGCAUGAUGAGUUGCGCAGCGGCUCGCGCCUUUUUCGACCACUGAUGAACACUAGCGGACUUUCUUUUCUUCCACAUGCGAUCGCCAACCUAUUUCUCGGUGGGAACUUCUUAAAAGAUUCUGCGAACACAGCGCUGACCUUCUUUGCCGGUCGGUUGCUUACCCUGCAAGAUACCAUGCCUCCAUGGGAAAUAGACACGAUCACGUUGGAAACGAGAGGACCAUGUGACUUCGGAGGAACACUACCUUUUUAUGUUCCAUUUACUGCACAUCCAAAGGUAGCACCCGAUAGUGGGGAUCUGGUGUUUUUUGGGUUUAAUCCAGUUUACCCACCGCACUGCACUGUGGGUACAAUAAAUUCGAGUGGCACUGUUGGUCAGAUGUCCUCACUCUGGCACAAUGCUUUGCAAGGUGCAACUUUCAUGCACGACUUCUGCGUGACAAAAAAAUACACAGUGUUAUUUGAGGGCUCAAUGAAUAUACGCCCUUUAAGAAUGUUCAGAGGUGAACAUCCUCUUCAGUACGAUGAAGACCAGGUCGCGCGGUUCGGACUCUUGAAGAGGGGCGGAGUGGAAAAUUCGGAAAAAGUUGUAUGGUGUGACUGUAGCACCGCAGAAAUGGUAUAUCAUUUUAUAAACGCUUGGGAAGAUGAAGACACGGGUGAAAUUGUAAUUGUUGGAGUGAGAGAAGACGGGUUUUUUCUUGGAGCCUUGGCUGCAAAUGGCACACGCGAGUGGAUAAGCAACAAACUGAAAGUUGGCAGAUCUGUGCCUCGCAUACAUGAAUGGCGCAUAAAUCCUACUCGUCAAGCUGUGACCUCAGAACGUUGGCUAUUUGACCUUCCCGUUGAAGUUCCACGAAUCAACGAUGCUUACACUGGAAUCAAGAAUCGCUUUACUUAUGCUGGAAAAAUACACACCGGCUCGCUGACGAGCGACGCACAGUUAAAGUUUGACGCUUUAGUUAAAUUUGACCUGCAAAAUGGUGAAUCUGAGAUAUACGAGUAUGGUUACAAGCGCUAUGGCAUGGAAGCUCAAUUUGUACCACGGAAUAAAUCUCGCGCUGAAAGCCAAGCAAACCAGAGAAUGUCAAGUCCAUGCAGCAGUGAUACAGAUCAUGCAGUGACUGACAUGGACGCUGUUCCAGUCGAAGAUGACGGCUGGAUAGUGCUUUAUGUGCAUGACGAGAGUAAGGGAUCAGCGGAAGGUCGAUCUGAGUGUCUAGUGCUGGACGCUAAGAAUAUACAAGCAGGUCCAAUUGUGCGUAUUGUACUUCCUUCACGAAUUCCGUAUGGGGCACAUGCUUUGUGGUGCACAGCUAAAGGAGUCGAUGACAUUGACUCGUUCGUCCAUGAUUCGGUCAGGAUGACUUCCGAAUCAUUAGCAAACUGUUCAACAUCUGAUCUAAUCAACGAAUCCACAACGUUAUCGACUUCAGCGUUGAACAAUUCCAAAGCAACGCCUCGGUUGUUUACUUUUGCUGAAGAACAAACAGACUCACUGCUUGGAACAGUGAGGACAGGUGUUCUCCGAGCUGGGGCGGGCUUGUUCGUCAAUGGCUGGAGGCCCUGCAUAUCACCUGAUGUGCACACUGAAUACUCCUUGAUUCGUGCGUUUGGCUUCCGAUUUAUGGAGGCUCGUGCACUAGGGAAGGUGCGCGAGGACCAGGCCAAGAGCACCGAAUAUUUGAGCAGAACAGACGAUCCGCUUCCUACUUUGACACUUUACGAACUUGAAGGAUGUGGUGCUUGUCGCCGUGUUCGUGAGGCAAUUUGCAUGCUUGAUGUUGCAUGCGUAAUGCGACCUUGCCCCUUGGGUGCUACUCGAAAUCGGUUGUCUGCAGCCAUGGCACAGUUGGGUGUUACCCAUGAUAGUCACGGUUCAGUUCAUGUAGAAGAUGCACAACUUCCAUACCUUGAGGACUCGCGGACUGGAGCUAAGCUCACUGGGGCCGACUCUAUAAUUACUUACCUCUACAGCGAAUACUUGGAUGGUGCAGUUCCCUCACCACUUGUUCGCCCUGGUCUCAUGGCCUCUAUUUGUGCACAGGUAGCUGUGAAUGCACGCGGUACUGCAGAUGGCUACCCAUCUACAACUUCCUCCUACCGACGCGGACCUGCAGGUGCAUUCUACUCAAGACCUUCUCACCAACCUACUAAACCCCUCCAGCUAUGGGCAUAUGAAGCGUCGCCGUUUUGUUCAGUUGUACGCGAGGCACUAAGCCAACUCGAACUUCCAUAUGUUUUGCAACCUUGCGCCAGAGGAAGCCCCCGAAGAACGCAGCUUAUGCAUCGGUCUGGGGGUAAAUUCCAGGUACCAUAUCUUGAAGAUGCCAACACAGGGACAGCAAUGUUCGAGAGUGCUGAGAUAAUCAAAUAUCUGCGAACAGAAUACAGUGUUCCUUGAUUUUAUAAGGUCAUUAUUUACGUCUAAAAAGGAAGCUUUCAUUUGAGACAAGUCAGUUUUAUG